GCAGCUACGAAUCCCGGAAGCGGCCCCGCCCAUGACCCUUGAAGGGGGCGCCCUGUGGUCUUUCUUCCGCCCCGCCGUCGCCUGCCGGAAGUGUGGUGUGGCUGGUAGCAGGUCGCCAUGUCUGCAAUCUUCAACUUUCAGAGUCUACUGACUGUAAUCUUGCUGCUUAUAUGUACCUGUGCCUAUAUCAGAUCCUUGGCUCCCAGCUUACUGGACAAAAAUAAAACUGGACUGUUGGGAAUUUUCUGGAAAUGCGCCAGAAUUGGUGAACGGAAGAGUCCCUACGUGGCUGUGUGCUGUGUCGUGAUGGCCUUCAGCAUUCUGUUUGUACAGUAGCAACUGAAGAGCGUCUCCUAUGCCCUACUACCAAACGACAAAGCAUGAAAAAACUUCUGCAGGAAAAGACAGGAGGUGUCAUCAAGUCUCCUCUCGCACACUAGAUAUAGAUGGCCUGUCUCUUAGUGGACGCCCCCCUCCUGCAAACGGACCAUCAUGUACAGUAUUAGUGAUCAUAAUGUAACUAACUCCAAGUGACAUGUACUUAAUGUCAAAUCAGUACUGACACUCCUGAUGUAACUCUUGAAAGGGUGUCUGUUGUAUAUAUGAGUUUCAGGGGACUGGUUUUUUUUACGCCAGGCUGUCAAAGGCAUUCAUUUUUUGUUUGAUAAUCCUAUUUAAUUAAACUUAAAAAUCAGAAAUCUAGCAAUAGCAGAAAGGCUGCUCUUACAAGAAUAAGAAACUUUGUGACUCUAGGAGAUGUUUACAAAAGUAUUUCUGGUUCUUACCAUCUGAAAAAUUCCUGUGAUUUUGUGAUAGAUAUGCUCACAUACUAAGAGUAUGACCUCUGGCCUAAGUUACAUUCAAGUUUUGUUUUCUAAACUUCUAAUUGCUCAAAUCUAUCAAUGUUUUUAUUUUUAGGAUAAGGUAUGAAUAAAGGCAGGGACCAUAAUUUUAGUGGUGAAUGACUAGGUGCUGAGAAGGCACAGAUGUGGGAUUUUAGAACCUGGACUACUCUGUGCAAACUGUCAUAUGUAUUCAUUGUUAGAGAUCUAGGUCUCAGGUAAAUCAUCCCCCAGCCUUUUUCAGUAUUACAACAAAGAUAUAUUAAAAGGCCUGCUGCUGUUGUUGCAUGUAAUACAAGGUUGCUAGAACAGCUAAGUGAAUGGUUAGCUUCUUGGGAGUCUGCAGAUAAGGAAGUUGCAUGUCCCAAUAUUCUAAAGGCUAAAGAAAAACAAGUAAAUUAGAUUAUGCUCACUAUUAAUAAAGGUUAGAUUACCCUUACUCAUACCUGCCUGUAGCUUUUUUCUGUAGUUUUGCAAACUUUCAGUAAUCUAGUAACUUCUUUUAAUAGUGCCUGACAGGUGUAGUUACGUUAGGCAACUAUAUGACUUUAUAUUGACUGCAUUUUAGAGUUGUUAGCAGAGGGUGUUUUUUGUUCUGAAAAGGUAUGGGAUCAGAAUGAGCUAAGCUGACAAUAAAACACACUAAAAGGCA